GCAUCAGGUUGGUUGGGGUGUUUAAACAUGCAAAGCGCGCCUCCGCUCGAGGUGUAUAAAAGCCGUGACUGGUCCCCAAAUAUCCAGUAUCUUCAGAGCAAUCGGCAAAACGAUAGCGAAAACAUGAGGACGUUCCUGAUUUCGAGUAUUUUUGUGGUUUUGGUCGCGGCUGAGCCACCAGUGUAUCGGCAAAGGUACUACGUGGCUCAACAGAGGGAAGAAGUCACCCAAAACCCAUCCGCACCCUACGCUCCCUCAGGAUGGAAACCUGACGGUCCUGCCUUCAACCUACCUCAGAGGCAACAAGUUCAAAACACCUAUGGACCUCCUAAACAACAGUACGGACCACCCUCUGAACCUCAGAACCAGUACGGACCCCCUUCGGCUCCGGAAAAUCAGUACGGACCACCUUCGGCUCCACAAAACCAAUACGGAGCCCCUUCGGCUCCGCAAAACCAAUACGGAGCUCCUUCGGCUCCACAAAACCAAUACGGAUCUCCUUCGGCUCCACAAAAGCAAUAUUUACCAGCCGCUGCUCCACAGAAUCAGUACGGAGCCCCAAAUGCUCCUCAGAAUCAGUAUGGAGCUCCAAAUGCUCCACAAAAUCAGUACGGAGCACCAAAUGCUCCUCAAAAUCAGUAUGGAGCACCUUCGGCUCCUCAAAAGCAGUACAGACAACCGGCGGCACCUCAAACCCAAUACGGAGUUGCAGCCGCAGCUCCACAACAACAAUACGGUUCGCCGGUUGUUCCUCUGAAUCCUUAUAUUACAUCCGAACAACAAUUUGCACCUCCACAAAGAUUCAGAGCAGUAUCGGCUGCCCAAAAGCAGUACAAUGGGCCUCAACAAAAAUACGGACCACCCGAGUACACCACGACUGAAUUUCCAAAUACCACGGACUUCGAAGAACCUACUACCGUGAAGGGCCUCACUGAAUCCGAGUCUGAACCAGUGAAUUCGGUGAACGAAUUGGGUGAAGAUGGUGAAAUCGACGAGCAACAGAAGAAAUCUGGCCAGUACUUCGUUGCCCUUCCUGACGGACGACUUCAGCGCGUUCGUUAUGUCAGUCGAGAGGACGUCGAAGCAAUGAAGUACUUUGCUAAAAUUCGUGCGGAAAAUGUGGAACCACUUCGUGGACCAAUCUAUUCUUAUGCGCCUCUUCAAAAAUUACAAGUCUCACCAUCAGGCUCGAAACUCGAUGUAUCAGUGUCGUCACCACUUCCACUCGAAGUCUCCAGACCCGAGAGGCUAUUAGCACCAAAAGUCGAAAUCCAACCCCUCGCUCAAGUUCAAUAUCAAUUAGACAGUCCCGGAAGUGUCAUCCCUCUCAGCUCUUCGUUCAGUACCUACACUGCCAACUAUCAGGUGCCCGCACCUUCUGAGCAAAAAUUCAUCAUUUCUGUCUAAGCUAAGCUUUUAGCUUUAUAGAUUUUAAUUUUUAAAAAAAUAAAUGGAAAUAUAAAAAAUAGGUUGAGCCUAUUCUUGUAAAUGUGUAAAAAACUAAUUUAUGAUCGUUAAUAAAACUAAGACUAAAAUGCAA